GGGGUGAUGAUAAAUAAGAGGGGAUAGAUAGAUGUAUCUUGACUUCUUUCUACUCUAUACACGAGCAAGACAAUCAGAAGCAGCUCCAAAAUAAAUUGCAAGACAACGACAUCAUGGGUACUCAAAUCCGCACCGCUCUCAAGGUCGACACAAACACCCCUGCUGAAAAACAGCCGUAUCUACACAAUCGCUGGCAUCCUGAUGUCCCCUUCGUCGGUACAAUCCGCAACAACGAAACCGUCAAGAUCGAAUGUCUCGACUGGACAGGCGGGCAAAUCCAGAACAACGACUCAGCCGACGACGUACUGAACGUCGAUCUCAGCAAAGUGCACUAUCUCUCUGGCCCCUUUGAAAUUGAAGGUGCGGAACCGGGUGAUGUUGUCUGCGUCGAGAUUCAGGAUGUUCAACCCUUUGAAGACCAGCCGUGGGGGUUUUCGGGGGUGUUCCACAAGGAGAAUGGUGGUGGAUUCUUAGAUGAGAUUUAUCCUCAUGCAGCAAAAGCGAUCUGGGACUUUGAAGGCAUCUACUGCACCUCCCGACACAUCCCCGGUGUCAAAUUCGCCGGUCUAAUCCAUCCCGGUAUCCUGGGUUGUGCUCCCUCAGCCGAAAUUCUGGCAGAAUGGAACCGUCGCGAGGCAGAACUAAUCUCCGAAAAGGCUGCAGGUGGUUCAACGCGAACAGUCGCAAAUCCUCCCUUGACAACCAAUGCACACGCGGGUUCCGCUGACGCAGCCACUGCUGCUAAGAUUGCAGCUGAAGGUGCGCGAACCGUUCCAGGGAGACCGGAACAUGGUGGGAAUUGCGAUAUUAAGAAUCUGUCGAGGGGGAGUAAAGUGUAUCUGCCGGUGCAUGUUCCGGGGGCAAAGUUUAGUGUUGGUGAUUUGCAUUUUUCGCAAGGCGAUGGCGAAAUCUCAUUCUGCGGUGCAAUCGAAAUGGCCGGCGUAAUCACAGUAAAAUGCACAGUCAUGAAAAACGGCCAAAAACAACUCGGUAUGGUUAAUGGGAAAUCCCCUAUAUUCAUUCCUGGUCCUGUGCAGCCUCAAUUCGGGCCUGGUAGGAUGCUAUACUUUGAGGGCUUCUCCGUCGACGAAAAUGGGAAACAGCAUUUCCUCGACGCAACUGUAGCCUAUCGUCAAAGUUGUCUUCGCAUUAUCGAGUAUUUGCGUCGAUAUGGAUAUGACGAUUAUCAGAUAUAUUUGCUUCUGAGCGCGGCUCCUAUUGAGGGACAUAUUGCCGGUAUCGUAGACAUUCCGAAUGCUUGCACAACCAUUGGUUUGCCCAUGGAUAUCUUCGAGAUGGAUAUCAGACCCGAGACGCCAGCUAAAAAGGUUGAUAUGCGUCUGGCUCCUGUGUCAAAGAAGUAGAUGCUAAAACUCUGUAGAGUGGUUAUGAGAAUAAGACAAGAUUGCUAUUAGUAUGUAUAUGCUGAAAAUCAAUGAGACAAGGAAUUAAAUAGUAC